CAAAAACAACGAGAGUGCAACAAAAGAAGAAAAAAAACCACCCAAAACUCCAUCUCCAGCUUUUGGGCCGGGAGAAUGGGUGCUCAACAGGGCAAGGAGCGUGGCUCACAUUCGAGCGGGGGAGGUGUUGGAGGUGGCGUACCCGUCAGCUGCAUUGGCGUAUCCAACAGCAGUCCCGUGGCCUCAGUAUCGCCCCACUGCAUCAGCGGUGGUGGUAGCGGUGGCCUGGUCAGUGGUGGUUCCUUGGCAGCCGGCUCCACAUUGCGUGGCUCACGCAUUAAAAACUCCUCAGCGGGUGUGGGCCAUGGUCAUAGCAGCAACAGCGGCGGUGGUGGAGGCGGUGGCAGCAAUAGCAGCGGCAAUUCCAGCGGAUUAUCACAACGUAGCGGAGGCGGUGGUGCCGGCAGCGGCGCUGGAGGACACAAGGAUAAUCGCUGUAAUCCCUCGUCUGUGGGUCUCAAUAUAUUCACCGAGCACAAUGGUACGAAACACAGCUCUUUUCGCAGCCACCAAGGCAAAUAUCACAUAAAUUUAGAAGCUUUGCUCCAAUCACGUCCAUUGCCACACAUUCCGGCCGGUAGUACGGCAGCCUCAUUGCUAGCAGAUGCCGCUGAAUUGCAACAGGAUUCCGGUAUUUUGUCAUCAAUGGGUGGAGGAGGUGGUCAUAGUUCGACCACAUCUGUCUUUGAAUCAACACAUCGCUGGACUUCCAAAGAGAAUCUCUUGGCCCCCGGACCAGAAGAAGAUGAUCCACAGCUAUUUGUCGCAUUAUACGAUUUCCAGGCUGGCGGUGAGAAUCAAUUAAGCCUGAAAAAGGGCGAACAAGUCCGUAUCCUGAGCUACAAUAAAUCCGGUGAAUGGUGUGAGGCGCAUUCCGAUUCGGGCAACGUCGGUUGGGUGCCAUCCAAUUAUGUAACGCCACUCAAUUCAUUGGAGAAGCAUUCCUGGUAUCAUGGUCCCAUUUCGCGUAAUGCUGCCGAAUAUCUAUUAAGUUCGGGCAUCAAUGGAAGUUUUCUAGUACGGGAAAGUGAAAGUUCGCCAGGCCAAAGAAGUAUCAGUUUGAGAUACGAUGGUCGCGUCUAUCAUUAUCGCAUCUCUGAAGAUCCUGAUGGCAAAGUAUUUGUCACACAGGAGGCCAAAUUUAAUACACUCGCCGAGCUAGUGCAUCAUCAUAGUGUACCACAUGAGGGUCAUGGCCUGAUAACACCUCUACUCUAUCCAGCUCCUAAACAAAACAAACCAACUGUCUUCCCGCUAAGUCCAGAGCCCGAUGAAUGGGAAAUUUGUCGUACCGAUAUUAUGAUGAAACACAAAUUGGGCGGUGGCCAAUACGGUGAGGUGUAUGAGGCUGUAUGGAAACGUUAUGGCAACACCGUGGCGGUCAAAACUCUCAAAGAAGAUACUAUGGCUCUCAAGGAUUUCUUGGAGGAGGCUGCCAUUAUGAAAGAGAUGAAACAUCCCAAUCUAGUGCAGCUAAUUGGGGUCUGUACACGUGAGCCACCAUUCUAUAUUAUCACCGAAUUCAUGUCACAUGGCAAUCUGUUGGACUUUUUACGCUCUGCCGGCCGUGAGACUCUAGAUGCUGUCGCCCUACUCUAUAUGGCCACACAGAUUGCAUCGGGAAUGAGUUAUCUUGAAUCACGUAACUAUAUCCAUCGUGAUUUAGCUGCCCGCAAUUGUCUGGUGGGUGAUAAUAAAUUGGUAAAAGUGGCCGAUUUUGGUUUGGCCCGUCUAAUGCGAGAUGACACAUAUACGGCGCAUGCUGGAGCCAAAUUCCCAAUCAAAUGGACAGCGCCGGAGGGAUUGGCGUAUAAUAAGUUUAGCACCAAAUCGGAUGUAUGGGCCUUUGGCGUUCUACUAUGGGAAAUAGCGACAUAUGGGAUGUCGCCAUAUCCGGGCAUUGAUCUCACCGAUGUCUAUCAUAAGCUAGAGAAGGGUUAUCGCAUGGAGCGACCGCCCGGUUGUCCGCCCGAGGUUUAUGAUCUGAUGCGACAAUGCUGGCAAUGGGAUGCCGCGGAUAGGCCCACAUUUAAGAGCAUUCAUCAUGCUCUGGAGCAUAUGUUUCAGGAAUCGUCCAUUACCGAAGCGGUUGAGAAACAGCUAAAUGCCACAGCAGCCACAGCAGCGACAGCAGCAACAGCGCCAGGAUUGGUUGGAGUAACUGCAGCAACAGCUACCCCAGCCAGUGCCUCAUCAUCGGCAUCGGCAUCGCUAAGUCUAACACCGCAAAUGGUUAAGAAGGGUUUACCACCGCCGCCGCCGCCAAAUGCCUCCAGCCUAACACCAGGUGGUCAUCAUGAUCAGCAGCAGCAGCAGCAAGCUAGCACACCCAUGUCAGAAACCGGUUCCAGUUCUACCAAGCUUAGCACCUUCUCUAGCCAGGGUAAUAAGGGUAAUGUACAAAUGCGUCGUACAACCAAUAAGCAAGGCAAACAGGCCCCAGCACCGCCCAAAAGAACUAGCCUGCUCUCUAGCAGUCGGGAUUCAACAUAUCGUGAGGAGGAUGCACGCAAUUUCAUUGAUGAACUCAACAAUGCCACCGCAUCGGCGACGAAUGGUCUCACACGUGACAUUAACAAUUUAACUCAACGCUAUGAUUCGGAAACCGAUCCGGUGAAUGAUCCCGAUACAGAUGCCACUGGGGACAGUCUUGAGCAGAGUUUAACUGCGGUGCCCACCAAAAUGCAGCAUUCGUUACUUUCCAGCGGCGGUUUGGGUCCCCGUUCCUCUCAGCAGCAUAGCUCAUUUAAGCGUCCCACUCCGGUGAUGGGUAAUCGUGGUCUAGAGACGCGUCAAAGUAAACGGUCCCAACAGCAUCAGCAGCAGCAGCAGGCCAUGCCAAAUGGUACCACAUCAUCCUCUCCUUUGUCGGCUGCCCAUCCCAUAACCGUGGGUGCCCUCGAGGUCAUGAAUGUGAAACGUGUGGUCAAUCGUUAUGGCACUCUGCCCAAGGUGGCUCGUAUUGGAGCAUUUCUGGACAGCCUCGAGGAUAGUACGAACAGUGAGGGUGGCAAUUCAUCUUCCUCGUCGAAUGGUCAUGCGCCAGCUACCCCAGCAGCUAGGAUGGGACCAUCAACAGCAGCCGUUGUCGGCGCCACGCCGCCAUCGGCGAAGGUUGGAGGAGCCAAUAGCAAUGUGGCCAUGUCUGGACCUCAGCAAAUGAUCCGCAGCAAUUCAUCGGGCGGUGUAACAAUGCAGAAUAAUGCUGCAGCCAGUCUAAAUAAAUUGCAACGACAUCGCACCACCACCGAGGGAACCAUGAUGACAUUCUCCUCAUUCCGGGCAGCUGGCUCUAGUAAUUCACCAAAGCGUGGAGGUGCUGGUGGCAUUGGUGGUGGCGGUGGUGUCAGUGUCGGUGGCGGUGUUGGUGCACCGCCAGCUUUGGCAAAUUUAGAAUUUCCACCGCCACCGUUGGAUUUGCCACCGCCACCGGAGGAAUAUGAGGCACAACCACCGCCACCACCACCAGCACCAGAGAGUGCUGUCCAGGCCAUACAACAGCAUUUGCAUGCCGCCCAUUUGGUUGCACAGAAUCCGAAUAGCAGCAGCAAUGAUGUCAGCAAUACGGCGCCCAGUGUGGAGGAGGCCAGUUCCCGGUUUGGUGUCUCAUUGCGCAAGCGAGAGCCAUCGACAGAUUCAUGCAGUUCGCUUGGCUCACCACCGGAGACGACCGCCGAAAAGAGUCUUCAGCUGAAGGAGAAACUUAUUACCGAAAUUAAAUCGAAGGCGAAUAGCGAAACCACCAAUGGUAGUCUCCCAUCGGCAGCUCCUCCUCUGGUGGAUCCAGUAUCACUUUUGGUCACUGAACUUGCCGAAAGCAUGAAUCUUCCCAAGCAUCAUCAUCAGCAGCAGCAGCAAACGAAAAUAAUGACAAAUGGCAAUGUGCCAAGUGGAGCUGGAACAGCAGCAGCUGGUGGAACUGGUGGUUUUAAGGCCCAAUUAAAAAAGGUGGAACCGAAAAAGUUGCCACAAACUAUAACCAAAAAUGAGCCAGCCACAAAUAUAAUCGAUUUUAAGGCUCAUUUGCGUAAGGUUGAGCCCCAAGGAGGCAACACUAACAAUGUCAAUAGUAGCACCAACUCUACCAACAAUUCAACCAUCAACGCCAACUCCACCACCACCAAUUCCACUACUAGCGCCACCACCAACAUCAUCAACAAUGACAAUAAAAAGGCCAUGCAAAAGACUGAAAUCAAAAUUGAAACGGCGUCAUCAUCGUCAACUAUGGAUGCGGGGGAUGCUGCAGGCACGGCCGAUGAUUUGGGCAAACGACGUAGCACAGGUAGUAUUAAUAGCUUAAAGAAACUUUGGGAGCAACAGCCAACUGGUGGAGGAGCAGCUCCUGAUUAUGCCAGCAGCUCAAUUAUAAAUGGCUCACAGCUAUCACCCAAAUAUGGGUUAAAAGUAGUAGCAAAUCCCAAUCCAAUCUCAAUCAUAACCAGCACUAAGCCACCGCCGGCUGCCCCACCACCACCGCCCCCGAGCACGACCACCUCCACAACCACCACCACCACCAACAACACCACCAAUAGCAGCAAGCAAACUAUAUCAGCAAUAAACAAAUCUCUUUCAACGCAACUCUUCACAGAUGAUGAUGCCGCCACCGCCAACGCCGCCGACCAGACACCCGAGGAUGCCUCCUCACCACAAUUGCCCACGGAUCAUCAUCAUCAUCAUCACCACCAACAUCAUCAUCAUAUGACCCAAUCGCUAUAUACACCAACGCCGCCCACUAUACUCCAGCAGCAGCAGCAGCAGCAACAGCAGCAGCAGCAAUUGCCACAGAAGCCAGCUGUUCCACAUAAACCCACCAAGCUGACCAUCUAUGCCACGCCCAUUGCCAAAUUGGCACAAUCCGAUAGCAAUAAUUCGACACAAAUAUCCCGGGAGAGCAUAUUGGAAUUGGUCACACUGCUCGAGGGGUCACUCAAGCAUCCGGUGAAUGCCAUCUCGGCCUCACAAUGGUUGCAAUUGAGCGAUAAAUUGAAUAUAUUGCAAAACUCAUGUGUUAUCUUUGCCGAAAAUGAAUCGAUGCCGCCGCAUUCGAAAUUCCAUUUUCGUGAAUUGGUCACCCGAGUGGAGACCCAAUCGCAGCAUCUUCGUUCCGCGGGUAGCAAGAAUAUGCAAGACAAUGAACGUCUGGUGGGUGAAGUGGGUCAAUCCCUCAAACAGAUAUCAAAUGCAUUGCAUAGGUAAAUGAUAAGAACGGGGAUGGACACGAUGAAUAGUAGUGGUGGGGGAAGGAAUAGGAUGGCUGG